ACUCCCCAAGGUCACGAAAAAAGGUCUUAGUGUGGUAGCGCCAUUUUUUCCGCUUUCAGUUUAUGUCCGUUUCACAGGGCUUCCAACAGCAAAAUGUUGGGACAGAGCAUUCGGAGAUUCACAACCUCUGUGGUCCGUAGAAGCCACUAUGAGGAAGGUCCAGGGAAGAAUUUGCCAUUUUCGGUGGAAAACAAGUGGCGGUUACUAGCUAUGAUGACUUUGUAUUUUGGAUCUGAAUUUGCUGCACCUUUCCUUAUUGUAAGACACCAACUGCUUAAAAAAUAAGGAUGUUUUAGUUAAUCCAUAAAACAGAUAUGAAGAAGAGCAUUUUAAGAGGUGCAGUCUCUUUGAAAAAAUGGAUCAAACUAUUGAACUCAACAUACUAGAUAUGUUUGUAAAUAAACUUAAUGGCAUGAAUCCAUAAUGCCUCUUCUCUGAAAUACAAAAUGUGAUAAUUGGGAAAAAA